UUAAUCAUGUGACCAGGCUUCAACACUGUAUUUUGUACACUAGUCGGAAGUGAACGGUGUGUUUUAACAAGAAUAAAUAAAAUUGAUGGUAAGAGCGAAGUGAAUUCGUACAGAAAAACAGACAAACUGAAGCUGGAGGAUAUAGCAUAGGGAUGGACAAACAGAGCUCCCACCCCUUCAGUCCUGAUGCCAAACAGCAGUCUGCAUCUAAGACAGCAGAGAGCCCUCAUCAUGACACUCCUCUCCCAGAGCUGCGCUUGGUCCUACUAGGCCGCAAAGGAACUGGGAAAAGUUCUUCAGGAAACACCAUUCUUGGCGUGGCUGGAUUAUUUGAGAAUGGCAAACCAACUGAGGAGUGUGUGAAAAAACAGGCUGACAUAGCAAGCCAUCGUUUUACAGUGGUGGAUACUCCAGGGUGGGAAUGGUACUAUUCCUGCAAUGGCACCCCUGCCUGGGUGACAAGAGAGACAAUGAGAAGUGUGACAGUUUGUCCACCUGGACCCCAUGCUUUGCUUCUGGUGAUACGAUCCCUUGCCUCGGUUACAGAGGACUACUAUAGACAGGUGGAAGAACACCUGGAGCUUAUGGGCAAGAGAGCUUGGGCUCACACCAUGCUGCUGUUCACACGAGGAGAAGAACUACGCUCAAUUCCCAUGGAACAGAGAAUACAAAAUGCAGGAAAGUCCUUUCAGAAGCUUUUUGAGAUGUGUGGAAACAGGUUCCAUGUGCUUGAGAACAAACGCUGUGGCAAAGAUGGCACACAGGUGAAAGAACUGAUAAGGAAAAUAAAGGAGAUGGUAAAGGAAAAUGGGGGGAAGCAUUAUGAAUGUGACCCUUUACUACUAGAGAUUGAGGUGGAAAAGAAAAGGAGAGCAAGAGCGAGAAGAAAGAAACAACGAAUAAUAGAGAUGCAAGCUCAAAAAGGAAUUAUUAAAGCUGUGCUGACAACUGAUAUUUCACCACCCGAAGACCUGGAUGAAAUGAAACAGUUCUCUAGGGGUUCCCGGCGUCUCCUAGAACUGCGGCUCAUCCUCCUUGGAGAAAGAGAGACAGGGAAAAGCGCUGCUGGAAACACCAUCCUCAGAGGGUCUGAAUAUUUCCAAACAGGCCAGGCCACGGAGGAAUGUUCAAGGCAACAGGCAGAAAUUUCUGGAAGAAUGUUGACAGUAGUGGAUGUUCCUGGAUGGGAGGGUGGUCCUGAAGGAAUCACACCAGACAGAGUUAAGAGGGAGAUCUACACUAGUGUGACAUUGUGUCCUCCUGGUCCCCAUGCUAUUCUAUUAACAUUGAGGGUGGAUGCCCUAGUCAGAGCUACAGCAGUAAGAGAGCAUUUGGAGUUACUCGGGGAAGGAGUGUGGAGGCAUACCAUACUACUUUUUACAAGAGGUGAUCAGCUGAGAGACGGGGUUACUAUUGAACAACACAUCCAAGGAGGAGGGAAGGAUCUUCAUUGGCUAAUGGAAAAGUGUGGAAACCGAUAUCAUGUAAUUAGCAGCACAGCCUUAGAAGGGGACAGCUCCGAAACCCAAGUAACUGCACUCAUAGAAAAGAUUGAGAAAAUGGUUUCAGAAAAUCGAUGUGCAGCUUUCUUGCCAGCUUUGCAGGAGAUUCAGGAACUCGGAAGGCAAAAGAACGAAAGGUUCAGUGUGAAACUAAAAGAAGUUACUGAUAAGCUUCAGCGUCAAGAGUUGGAGCUCAAGAGAAUGAGAGAGAGGGAGGUGAGAAGCAUCAGGCGAAUUUUUGACUGGAGGAAAGACAAAGUCAAAUCACCAGGAAAAUCAAGCAAAGAAAAGGAGGAGGGAAUGGAUAGAACUGAAGAUGACAGAAAGAGCAUUAUGAGUGAGUUGGAGGAGAGGAUGGCUUGGUUAACAGAAGAUAGAGAGAAAGAGAUUCAGGAGCUGAGCCUGGAAAACAAUAGAGUCAUUGCAGCUCUCAAUCAGGGGUACAGAGAGAGGGCAGAAAUUGUAAUGAAUUUAGAUGACAAAGAAAGAGAGAAUGAGGAAUUAAAAGAAAAAAUGGAGGAGCUACAAGUUAAUGUACUAGAGCUUAAACGUGUCAGCAUGUUAAAAGAGCAAGAAAGAAAAGAAAAAGAAGAAGAGCUCACCAAAAGGCACGAGGAUGCUGAGAAUGAGCUAAAAGGGCAAUUGGAUCACCAAAAGAAGGAGGGAGAAUUGUUAAGAAGAAGACUGGAAGAGAUGUCCAAGAUAAUGGCAGAAUCAAAACAAAAAUAUGAAGAAGAUAUCUUAAAUGAAAAAGAAGAGCAGGAGAGAAGACUAACAGAGAAAAUUGAACUUGAGAAAAGGCUUGAAGAGAAGCAGAAAGAGAUGGAAGAAAUGACAGGGACAACUGAAAAUAAAGUAAGGGAGCAAGAGGAAAAAUUGAGAGAAGUGAAUGAAAAGUGGGAAUCAGAGAAAAAUAAACUUAGCGAAAUGAUAGAAUUAAUGACCAAAGAAAUGGAAGAAUUGCAAAUUGCCUUUAUACACCAAGUGAAAUCCUCUGAGUUUGAGAGGCAAAUACAUGAAAGUACUGUAAUAAAAUACAAUGAACUUGUAGACAAACUUGUAGGGAAAGAUGAAGAACUUGUUGCCAUACAGCAGAGACAAAAUCAGCAAGACAUGGCUAAAAAUGUUGAAUUUCAAAAUAAACUGAAAGAGAAGGAUCAAGAAAUAAGUGAAUUGCUUAAAAAACAAAUGGAAAAAGAGCAGGAGAUUGAAACGAUUAAACAAGCUAUUGAUUCCCAACACAGAACCAUGGAAAAUGUGAAAACUGAUAACAAGGUAAAAAUGGCUGAGUACACUUCUAGGAUAAAGGAUUUAGAGAAAGAGUAUAAAGAGAUGGAAGAGUUCUUGAAAAGAGAAAAUGUGUUUAUAAAAGAGGAAUUAGAGAUAAUGAAGAAUGUGAAUGAAACAAAUGCUAGAAAAAUAGACGACACAGGAAAGAUCUUAGAAGUGAAAGAAAACAUGAUUAACCUUCUACAACAACAAAAUGGAGAGAGUGGAACCUACAUAGAAGACUUAAUAAAGCAGCAAAAAGAAGUCCAGGUUGAGGUGGACAAUCUACAGAGUCAGAAUGCAGCACUCAUUCGGGAGAUAGAAGGAAUUGACAUGACAUGUAAGGACUAUAAAAGAGACCUGCAGGCCCAGAUACAAAUAAAUGAGAGAAAAGAAAAAGAGAUAAAUGAUAUACUCAAACAAUCCGAAGAAAUGGGGAAAAUCAAAGAUGCGCUAAACCAAGAGAACAUUAAAAAGAAGGAAAAUGAGAUUUGUUUGUUAAAGAAGAGAAAUCAAACACAACAAAUGGAACUGGAGUUUAUGGAUGAAAGAAGUAAAGAGUUAGAGAAGAAGAACGAGGAGAUAAAAAAAUACUAUGAGGAGAGACUUUUGGAAAGGAUUUCUGAAAUGGAUGUUAAAGAUGCAGAGAGAGAGCAAAGACUUCACAACAGAGAGCUCGAACUGUGUGAAAGAGAGCAAAUCUUGGGUAAAAAUAUGCAAGAGCUUGAAAGAUGUAAAAAAGAAUUGAACAAAAAAGAUGAUGACAUUAACUGCAGAGAAAAUGAACUGAAUGAUGAAAAACAUCAGCUGGAUAGAAGAGAACACGAAUUAAGUGUCAAGGAAAAUGAAUUGAAAUAUCAGUGCCAAAAUAAUGAGAGUCUCUGUGAAACCCUGGGGAGAAGAGAAAGGGAGCUGACAAAAAAAGAACAGGAACUCGAAAUUAAAGAGAAAGACCAGAGAUUUAUCGAAAAGCAGGAAUUGGAAAGACAAAAUAUCUGGAAGCAGCAAGAAGAGAAAGAGAAUAUAUUGAGAAAAAUGGAUGAAGAACUUGGAGUAAAACAAAUUGAAAUUCAGAAUCGAUUAAAAGAACUGGAAUGCCACAGAGAGAAUUUAGACAUCAGAGAUCAGGAAUCCAGCAAAAGAGAGCAACAGUUACUUGAAUCAGAACAGUUAUGCAAGGUCAAGUUAGAAGAACUGUUAAAGAAUAUGCAAGAACUGGAGAAAAGCAAGCAGGAUAUUGAAAAAAGGCAAGCAGAACUACAUACAAAGGAACAUGGCCUGAUACAAAGAUCAACCGAAUUUCAGAAAAAGGAACAGGAACUUUUACAGAUAGAACAUGAUCUUCAGAUCAAAGCCGAAGAUCUGUUAAAAACAAAAAAAGAAACGGAAGCACAAGAACAGGAGUUACUGAACAAACAAGAAAUCCAGGCAGCUGCAACUGAUCAAAUGAAGAAUGAAUUAGAGGAUAUCAAAGGCACAUUAGCAAAAAAGGAGCAAGAACUGAGAAAAAUUGAAGAUGUCCUUGAACAAAGAGAGCAGGAAUUUAAAGAUAGGGAAAGAGACUUAGAUAUGAAGGAAAAUCAAUUUGUUAAAAAAUAUGAAGAAUAUAAAGCUGCAGAGGAAAUACUGGAAAGUAAACAGAAAGCACAAAAAGAAAUUUUUGAAAAGCAGGAAAAGGAAUUUGAAAACAUCAGACAACAGCUUAAAGAGAAAGAAAAACAACUGAUAACAAUGCAAGAUGACGUUUUGGUAAAACAAAUCAAUCUUCAAAAUGAAAAGAAAGACUUUGAGAGUCGCAGAGAAAAUGUGGACAACAGAGUACAAGAAUUUGAGAAAAUAGAACAAGAGCUUCUGAACUCGAAAAAGUUGUGUGAAGUCAAAGCACAAGAAUUGUUGAAAGGAGCACAGGAACUGGAGAAAAGCAAACAAGAUAAUGAAAAAUGGCAAGGUGAACUAUCUAAUAAAGAAUAUGACCUGCUACAGCUGUCAAACCAACUUCAAAAAAAAGAACAGGAGCUUGUACAGAAAGAAUGUGACCUUGAACUCAAAAGUCAAACUCUACUUAGCAAAAAUGAGGAGGUUGAGCCAAUUCAGCAAAAGCUAUUGAGCAACCAGCAAAAUCAAAUGACUGAAGAAUGGGAAAGGCAAUUAAAAGAUUUCAGAGAGACCUUAGCCAAACGGGAGGAAGAACUGACUAAGGAAGAGGAUGAGCUUAAGAAAAGAGAGCAAAAUAUUAGAAGUGCGGAAAUCUAUUUGGACAAGAGAGAGAUAAUUGUGCAGAAAAAGGAAGGAGAGGUGCAAAUUAGCAAAGAACAACAUGACAACAUGUUAAGUGAUCUCAAGAAAAAACAAGAAAUAAUAGAAGAAUUGAAGGUUUCUUUAGAAACCAAACGGCAAAAGUUAAGCAACCUGGAGAAAGAACUUAGCAUCAGAGAGAACAACAUAACAAAUAAAGAACAAGACCUGAGUAAUCGAUAUAAAGAAUUAAAUAUUAUGGAGGACAACCUGGAAAAACGGGAACUAAAUCUAAAGUCAAGAGAUCAAGCAUUCAAGAAAAGAGAACACGAGUUGAAAGAACUGAAUAUAACGCUCGAUUCCAAGAAGCAAUAUUUAGUGAAUCAUGCAACUGAAAUUGAGAACCAGAAAAGUGAAAUGAACAUUGAGAAACAAAUGCUGAAGAUGAAAUCAGAGCAGCUGGAAAAGUGGGGGAAGUAUCUCUACAACAUGGAACUUAAAAUGAUCAACAGUAAUCCCAGCCGUGAGAUUCAACCAUGGAACCAAAGCACCAUAUCUAAUCUAACAGAGACAAGCAACAGUGAAACAAUGUAUCAAGAGAUUGGAAUUGAUAAUAGAAGCUAUGGCAGGGAGAAUGGAAAUAUCACAGCAGUAGAUGAUGACCAGACAGUGGAAAUGGCUGUAUCAUCUGAAAUCACAAACAUUGAGCUUAAAAAUGAAGAGUUAGCAUACAUAGUUAAAGGCAAAAGAACAAUAAAGGUCAAUGUAGAAGAGGACAGGAAUGGAGCACACACAAUGGAAGUGAAUGCUCUUAUUAAGGAGGAUGAUGAAGAAUUUUUUGACCCUGCUGGUUCUGAUGACCGAGUGACUCAAAGUUUAUUCUACCAAUUUUCUGAACUCAAUCUGAUGCUCAUCGGAGAAGCGUGGUCAUCUAGAAAGUCAGCCACAUGCACCAUCCUGGGGCAAGAUGCCAAGGUGGGCACCCCAUGGAGAGGAAACAUAUCUGGCAAGUCCUUAUUGGUUGUGGAGCCGCAUGGGAUAAAAUGGAGCGGUUCCAAAAAUAUGACUGUUGAAAAGAAUCUCAAACACAGUGUAUCUCUGUGCAAACCUGGACCUCAUGCCUUUGUCAUUCUCCUGCCUGCUUAUUUAACCUUCACAGGACAGUACAGAAGAGCAGUAGAGUCCACUAUGUCCAUGCUGGGGGAGACUGCAUGGAAGCACACUGUUGUUCUGUUCACAUGGGCAGAGACUCUUGGAGAAAGUUGUGAACAACACAUAAAGAGGAAUGGGGAUCUGGAAUGGCUCAUUCAAAAAUGUGGAGGUCGCUAUCAUAUGCUGGAUAACAGACACAGGGAAGUACAUGUAGUGAAGCUUUUGGAGAUGAUUUAUGAAAUGGUGGCAGCAAACCAUGGACGUUAUUAUCAAGCAUAUAACAUGAGCACGUUUAGGACCCCGCGGAUCCCGCCGUCUCCUGCCCCUCGUGCGCGCACGGUGCAUUCACAGUUCACGGGUCCGAGACUUUAACGCGACUCGACAGGAAAACCUUUACGGAGACAAACGGGAGUAUAGUAUCAGGGAAAGCUGACCGAGCUGUGAACUGCAACCCCAACACGGAGCAAAUUAGCAUCAACAAAAAAUAGCAGCGAGCUUCCAGGCCUUCUGGUGUGUGGUGCAGAAAGUGUUUCAGUUUAAGUGGUGCACACUGCAAAUGAUCACAUCAGGCACAUGGUGUCUCAUGUUAGAUCAUUUUUGGGCCUGCAUUAUGUAGAUACCCACCCUAGUCAGGCAUAUCACACAUAACACUAUUUUUAAUAUGCAUAUUAUCAAUUCAAUGUUCGACCAAGAAUAUCUAUAUAUUGCUCUGUUCAUUGAUCAUUUCCCGAAUGAUCAUUAGUAUAAUGUUGAUGUGUCAAGUUCAGGAAUCACUGACCCUAUUUUUCUAAAUCGUCACAGGUUUGCUGCAAAAUAGUUCUUGCAAGACACGAUUCACAUGGAAAUUUACAAAGAUCAGAGUUACAUUGUCAUAUGAGUUUGUGUUAUCAAAAUCCAACCUUAUCGCCCUCCUUAUUUUGUAAUUAUUAAGCAAAUUUGUACUCCACAUUUGCUCAGAACCAGAUUUCCUGCAAAACCUUUUCCUUGUGUGUUUCACCUCUUGUGUUCUCCUCUGUAGGUGUCAAAGUACCAUGUGGUAAAAGAGAGGGAUAAUAUGGACCCACAGCUAGAAGGGGGAGGAAGGACUGGGGCACAGUGGUACAGUGGGGAGGUCAAUGCAGUUUAUUAGUUAUUUGUAUUGCGCUUUAUCCAUGGACAUUGUCCCAAAGCAGCAUUACAAAGAUAAAUAGGUUAUAAAAUAUGAAUUUUAUACAGUCUGUAAGAUUGGUGACUCUAAGUUUAUCCCUUAUAAAUGUAUACAGAAUGUGCAAGUCAGUGGUGGCAAGGAAAAAGCUCUGAUCUCACAUCUUCAAGGUCAGGUUCAUCUUACCUAACAGGACUGUUUUAUAUUAUAUAUUGCUUUAACAAACCUGCAUAUGUUGCCUACAUCAAAAAACUAGAAACUACCUUUAGCUAGCUACAGUAGAUCACAUACUUACUAAGAAGUUGCCUACAAUGGAGAUGUUUAACUAGCUUAAGGAAUCUGUUGGCUUUCAGUGAAAAUGUCCCUGAUGUUUUAAUUGUAAAACAUUAAACCUUGGACAACAACAAAGUUGUAAGCCUUAAGUGACAUG